UCCACGUUAUGAACGGACCAAUCGUGCGACAGGUCCUGGUUCUGGGCUCCGCUGGGUCUUGCCGGAGCAUGAACAAGGAUGUGGAUAUGCAAAGCUGCCAAGUGCCAGAUGAUGGAGGAGCGUGCCAACCUGAUGCACAUGAUGAAGCUCAGCAUCAAAGUUCUGCUCCAGUCCGCUAUGAGCCUGGGCCGCAGCCUGGACACGGACCAUGCCCCCCUGCAGCAGUUCUUUGUAGUGAUGGAGCACUGCCUCAAACACGGGCUGAAAGUUAAGAAGAGUUUUAUUGGCCAAAAUAAAUCUUUCUUUGGUCCUCUGGAGCUGGUGGAAAAACUUUGUCCAGAAGCGUCAGAUAUAGCCACUAGUGUCAAAAAUCUGCCAGAAUUAAAGACAGCUGUGGGAAGAGGAAGAGCCUGGCUCUACCUUGCACUCAUGCAAAAGAAACUGGCCGAUUAUCUGAAAGUGCUUGUAGACAAUAAACAUCUCUUGAGUGAGUUCUAUGAGCCCGAGGCAUUAAUGAUGGAAGAAGAAGGGAUGGUGAUUGUCGGUCUGCUGGUGGGACUCAAUGUUCUCGAUGCCAAUCUCUGCUUAAAAGGAGAAGACUUGGACUCUCAGGUUGGUGUGAUUGAUUUUUCCCUCUACCUUAAGGAUGUGCAGGAGCUCGAUGGUGGCAAAGAGCAAGAAAGAAUUACUGAUGUCCUUGACCAAAAGAAUUACGUGGAAGAACUCAACCGGCACUUGAGUUGCACCGUUGGGGAUCUUCAGGCCAAAAUAGAUAGCUUGGAAAAGACAAAUUCAAAGCUUCAAGAAGAGCUUUCAGCUGCAGAAGGCCGGAUUUGUUCACUUCAAGAAGAACAGCACCAAUUGAGAGAACAAAAUGAACUGAUUCGUGAAAGAAGUGAAAAGAGUGUGGAGAUAACAAAACAGGAUACAAAAGUAGAGCUGGAUACUUACAAGCAAACACGGCAAGGUCUGGAUGAGAUGUACAGUGACGUGUGGAAGCAGUUAAAGGAGGAGAAGAGAGUCCGACUGGAACUAGAAAAAGAACUGGAGUUACAAAUUGGAAUGAAAACGGAAAUGGAAAUUGCAAUGAAAUUACUGGAAAAGGACACCCAUGAAAAACAGGAUACUCUAGUGGCCCUUCGCCAGCAGCUCGAAGAAGUCAAAGCGAUAAACUUACAGAUGUUUCGCAAGGUUCAGAACGCAGAGAGCAGUUUACAGCAGAAGAAUGAAACCAUCACAUCUUUUGAAGGAAGAACCAAUCAAGUUCUGUCCAACAUGAAGCAAAUGGAAGAAAGGCUGCAACAUUCGGAGCGGGCCAGGCAGGGGGCCGAGGAGCAGAGCCACAAGCUACAACAGGAGCUGGGCGGGCGGGUGGGUGCCCUGCAGCAGCAGCUCGCCCAGCUGCAUGCACAGUGCUCAAGUCUAGAGAAAGAGUUGAAGUCCGAAAAAGAGCAGAGACAAGCUCUCCAGCGAGAAUUGCAGCAUGAGAAAGACAAUUCCUCUCUCCUUCAAACAGAGCUGCAACAAGUAAAAGGAUUAAAAAAGGAGCUGCGGGAACUCCAGGACGAGAAGGUGGAGCUGCAGAAGGUGUGUGACGAGCAGGAACAAGCCCUCCAGGAAAUGGGACUGCACCUCAGCCAGUCAAAACUGAAGAUGGAAGACAUAAAAGAAGUAAAUAAGGCACUGAAGGGCCACACUUGGCUAAAAGAUGACGAAGCAACACACUGUAAACAGUGUGAGAAGGAAUUCUCCAUUUCCCGGAGGAAGCACCACUGCCGCAACUGUGGCCAUAUCUUCUGCAACACAUGCUCCAGCAACGAGCUGGCCCUGCCCUCCUACCCCAAGCCAGUCCGCGUGUGCGACAGCUGCCACACCCUGCUCCUGCAGCGCUGCUCCUCCACCGCCUCCUAAGGACCGUCCUCCAGAGGGGCGGCGGCAGCCUCAGAAGGAACGGUGCCACUCUCUGGGUCUCAGGGUAACAAUCAGGGCUUCAGGACAUCUGUUGUUUCCCAAGAUAUUAAGGGAAAGAAGAAAAUUUUCACCAGGGCUGCCAGCAUUCUGGCCAAUUGCUCAGCGGAACUGGAUGCUGGGCUUCCGGCUUCAAUUUGUAUGGAAUCAGGUCCUCUGGAUGCGUCUUCUCCAGCUUCACGCGACAUCACUGGUGUUUCUUCAGAUGGAACGUUACCGUUUUGCUACUAUCUUUUCUGAGAAUUAACCUCUUCGGUAGCAGGUGUGGGGAGUAAUUAAUCGAUCCUGUUCCUCCUUGUCCCCACCUGCCCUCCAAGCCCUUUAGUUUGUCCGUCAGCGUGCCUUCCCUGCUUCAGGUUUGCCACCCCAUACCCUUCGUCAGUACCUAGGACUGGCUCUCAAUAAAAUCGGUUAUUUUCCA